AUGAGCUACACACUCUACGACGCCGCCAUCCUCCACACCAAGGAAGCUCUCAACUCCUUGUCCUCCAUCCUCAAGAAAGCCGAGUCCCACGCCAACGCCGCGUCCUUCACCACCGCCAAACUGGCCCCUGACAUGCUGGACCUGAGCUUCCAGGUCCACUUCACCACCGACACAGCGCAAAAGAUUGUCGCGCGCACAACCGGCACCGAGCCGCUGACCCUGUCCCGCGACGAGUGCACUACAUUUGAGCAGUACCACAAGAGAAUCGCGCAGGUUCUCGAGGUUGUGGAGAAGGCUGAUAGGGAACUUGUUGAGAAGCGUGGUGCGGAGGUUGUUACUAUUGGGCUGGGACCGGGGAAGAGUGCGGAUAUGAAGGUUAGGGAUUAUGUGCAGGGAUAUGGAAUUCCUAAUGUCUUCUUUCACUUGACGACUGCGUAUGCGAUUUUGAGGAAGGAGGGUGUUGAGUUGGGGAAGCAGGAUUAUAUCGGUGCCUUCAUGAACCAGUACUUUUAA